AUGUUUGGAUCACUGGACUGGACUGUCUUCACAGCUCAAGCUAAAUGCUACUUGAUGCUAAGAAUGCGAGAGGAUAUGUCUGUAGAAGAAGCCAUUGAACUGGUGGACAAAUGCAUACUUGAGAUCCGAUCAAGACUGGUCGUUGCGCCACCAAACUUUGUGAUCAAGAUUGUUGACAAAGAUGGAGCUCGUGAUUACGCCUGGCGUCAGUCUGUACAAGACGUCACAACUGCUGCUGUCUGA